ACAGUCGGACCGUAACUAGCAUUCCGAUUCGUGGUGACCGCAUGCGCCCAUCGUGCUUCGGCGUCCUCGUGGACGGUGGGAGAUCGACGCCGGCAGGGAGGCCAGGCAUACGUGAUCCUGGGGAAGACGUGGUCCAGGGCGACGGACAAGGUAUCGGCCAUCAUCCCCGCACCGGAAUUUACCCAAACUCCACCUGCAAAAUUACCUCUCCGUCAAGCGAUCCCUCCUCCCGGUCGGCACUGCUAUUCUGUGCGCGCAUAUAUAUCCUCACCAAUCUUCCAUGCUUUCAACUCAAUCAACCGCAGCACCUCGCAUACUCUACUCAUUUCGUUGAUCCCUUGGUUCGUCGAUCGGUGCGCUCGUCUGAGCUGAGCUCGGCUGAUCCCAUCCGCCAUGGAUUCCAACGGCCGCGUGUUCGAGGACUUCGUGCCCCCGCACAGCAUGAUCCGGGAGCCGGCGACGCACACGCUCACUGUCGACCUCUCCGCCGCAGGGUACAAGAAGGAGCACAUCCGGGUGCAGAUGGUGCACAGCCACCGGCGCCUGGUGGUGCGCGGGGAGCGCCCCGUCGCCGGCGACCGCUGGAGCCGCUUCCGCCUCGAGCUCCGCGUCCCCGACGGCUGCGACGCCAAGGCCAUCCACGCCAGGUUCGAGAACGGCGUCGUCCGCGUCACCAUGCCCGGCGUCGCGCCGGAGCCCGUCCAGGUCGAGACCGGCGCCGCCGGCCGCCAGCAGGACCCGUCCCCGCAGGCGAUGAAGCCGGCCAGCGCCGCCCAAGACCAGCAAGACGGCGGCGGCGCGGCGGGGAAGCAGCAAGACGGUGAUCGUGCCGCGCCAGGGGGAGGAGUAGAGGGUGAGGGGGAGAAGAAAGACGAGGCGGCGGCGGCGGCGCAGCAGCAGCAAGAAAUGAGGCAGCGCCCCGUGAGCUCCCCGAAAGACGGCGGCCAUGACCAUGACGACGCCCAAGCCGGUGGGGCAGGGGAGGUGACGCCCGCUUCCCCGCCGCGCCAAGGCUUGGGAUUCCUGCAUGACCGGAGGAGGAGGAUGGCGACCACAGUGCUCGGCGUGGUGCUCGUCCUGUUCAGCCUCGGCAUCUAUGUCAAGUACAGCGUUUGGCCAUGAUGAACUGGUCAAGAAAUUUGGUGCGUGCAACUGCAUGGCAUUUGCUCCUCCCCAGCUAGCAGGCGAGUAAUAUGAGUGCGAAGCCUGGUGUAUGAUUGCCGGUUAUGUGUCGAUGAUUCUGCCAAGUCACAAGUAUGGCAGAUUGAUGUACUACUGAUGUGUGUGAACUGUGAAAUGCUGACGACUGAACAAAAGGAUUUCUUUGGUGUUCCAAGAUGAGCUUGGUAAAAAGGUUGAAACCUUCAGAUGUUCCAACAAAAGUUAAGGUUUUCACU